AUGAACAUUAAACAGUACAACAUUGAGAUAUGCAAGCGCAAAGAGCUGGGUGUGUGUUGUUCAAAAGGUUCAGUGACCAUUGACUGGCUGGUCGACAAAUCAGGCUUUCUCCCAGCGGAUUCAAUCUUCAUAGAAGGCUCCAUACAAAAUGAUAGCAAGCAGAUGGUUGCACAUUCAUCGGUCUCACUCAUAAUGGUUGUUGAUUGCAAGCAUAAGAACCGUCGCCUGGUUGAUCGUGUGAGAGUGGUCCACAAGGAUGGCAGCCCUGUGAUGGCAGACGACGUCGCCCUCUGGAAUGACGUCAUUGUCGUUCCGCAGUGCCAUCCUUCCAGUUUGGAUAGAUGUAAAAUGAUUGAAAUCUCUUAUGAAUUGGAGUUUAAAGUGAGUCUGUCAUCGAACAGUCUCCUGCAGGCAUCAACGAACAAUGCAGCAGUCAACAACUCAACAUACAACAACAACAACAACACUCCCUACCAAACCAUAGUCUACAACAAAACAAUCUACAUUGGCACCAUCCCACUGACUACAUACCAUCAUCCAAGACCCACCCAGUCCCAGUAUGCACCUCUCCCCAUAACCUACCCUCUGCACACAACCGCACUUGUAGCUGUCCAGCCACUGCCCAUGCAAGCACUUCAACCUACUGCCAUUUUGAUUCCAUACUACUCCAGUGCAUUGAACUAUGGUCCUGGCUCCAUGUUGGCUCCCAUUCAUGGAGGAGCUGCAGUCAUCAUUUCUUCCAGUUGCAGUACCCCCUUCCCCAUCACCGCCUCAUCAGAUCCAGCACCCGCACAACCACCAUCAUCAACACCACCACCAUCAUCAUCAUCAUCACAUCUGUCUCCUCCAUCAAAUGAUGAUUCUGUGAUGCGAGUGAAUGUUGAAGAACCACACGCUAGCAACCCAUCCAAGGAAAAAACUGAUGAUAAUGAUGAUGAUAAUGAUGUUGGUGGUGGUGGUGGUGGUGGUGGUAGUGGCAACAAUAACAAAAACAUCAUUGAUGAUAAAUAUAGUAGCGACAACUCUAAUUUCGAAGCUAACAAUGCUAACAACGAAACUGACAACAAUAACAACAGUCACAACGAUAACAACGAUAACAACAGUAACAACGAUAACAACAAUAACAACAAUAACAACAAUGACAACAAUAAAAGUGGGGUCGAUAAUAAGAGCAAUAUCGGCGAUAACUUGAAAUUCACCUUACAAGUGAUUGAGUUGAAGAAAAACGUUAACACUGAAAAACACGGUCCCCAUGACAAAGAUGAAACAUCCGAAGUUGACCUCAUUUCAAUAAAUAGCCUCUGCACUGACCUACAUUCGACCAACGACAGAGCCAGUGCGCCUGGUUUGAUGACACUGCUGAGAUGA